AUGAUUUCCAAGUUAUCGAAAUCGAUUAGGGCUUGCGAGUUUUCAGUUGGCGCAUCUUUUUAUCAACCAGUCAAAGGAUUUUGGCAAUCAUACGUUCCCAGCCAAGAUCUAAAGAAACUCUUGGAUCUUCCUGUGCAGAAACGAAAAUCCCCUUUUCUGUUGAAUUAUAUACCAACAUACAAAUCGGUUUUGCCCGACGUCCCUCGGAGAAGUCAAACUCCACUGUCUGCCUCAACCCCUCCAGGAACUUCUUUACCAAGAGAUGAUCAGGCUUCUUCUUUUGAUCCAGUUGAGUUGCUGUCAACCUCUGUCCCCCAACUUAUCCUAAUAUCCCAACGCCGAUGUCGUCGUCAUGCCCCAACAAACGUGCCUUUCCUUGCGACUUCCAAAGAGUCAGACGGGGAGGCCGACGGGGAGGAAACCGACGCAGAGGAUGUCGAAGAAAAUGAGGGGGUCGCUGUUGGGGCCAAGUCUCCAACAUUGAAUGAUCAAGUCCUAGACUUGACUCAUGAUGAAGAAGACUUGGUUUCCAAGGCUGCCUCUCCUAAGCAAACAACUUCUGAAGCCCAGUGUGCUCUAAAACUGCCAAGUAUAAGAACAAUUCUUCUCCAUGAAUUGGAUUUGACAGAACCGGAGCUGUUGUCAGUGGGCUUGAGGGUGGUAGUAUUUGCAGGUACACAUAACGUUCCAACCUAUGACCAUAACUACGAGGUUUUAUAUGGAGCUCAACAUAUCUUGCCAUUUCAUCAAGGCAGAGAAAUCGGGCUCUCUCUCGAUGAAUCCAAUGGAUCUGGAAUUAAAUCCAAGUUCAAUUAUACUUCUGGGUUCUUCCAUAUAAACAUUAAGCUACCAGCCAAUGACUCCGGAGGAGUCGUAACAGCCUUCUAUUUGAAAUCGAAAGAUAGUGAAUUGGAUUUUGAGUUCUUGGGCAACAGAAAAGGGAAGCCCAUCGGAGUUCAGACGAAUGCCUUUUUAAAAGGAAAAGGGGGUAGAGAGCAGAGGAUCUAUCUUUGGUUUGAUCCAACUGCGAACUUCCAUACUUACAAAAUCCUAUGGAACCAACAUCAAAUAGUUUAUUUUGUUGAUGAAUAUCCCAUUCGAGUUUUCAAGAACAACAGACACGAUGGAGUUGGCUUCCCAGCACAACCAAUGCAACUAAUGGCAACUAUAUGGGACGGAGAUAGUUGGGCGACGAAUGGUGGAAAAACUAAAAUCAUUUGGGCUCAUGCACCGUUUAUAAGUCACUUUCGGGGCUUUGCCAUUGAUGGAUGCCCCUAUGACAGCUCUCACAGAAAAUCAUGCAAUUCUCCGAAGUUUUGGUGGAAUGGAAAGAAUUACUGGCAACUGUCUCCUAACCAAGAAAGAAGGCAUCAAGUCAUAAAGCGCAAUUAUAUGUACUAUGAUUACUGCAAUGACAGAACUAAACACCCAACAUAUCCCCCAGAAUGCCCACAGUGAUA